AUGGCGUUAUGUGGGAUUGGCUGGUGUCCAAGUCGAGAGAUCGUUGAGAUACCAAUUUUUAACUUCAAUUCGUCGACUAGACUGAUUAGAUCAACUUAUGUCCCCUUGAUUGUUAAGAAUCAUUAUUCAACUCCCGCGCGAUCAACAGUAAGAUGUUCUGCUGCUUCACUGGAAUCCAACGAGAGUGCCAGUGUCACUUAUUCUGAUCCUUUGGAAGAAGAACUGGAGCAUGUUGUAAAAUUCAAGAUGUGUGAUUUUAAGAUUCGGGAUCGCGUUAGCAUUGGACUCGGUGGCCGGACAGAUGAGAUAGUCUUUGAAGCAGUUGUGAACGAUGUUCAUAGGUUAGAUCAAAUUAUUUGUCCUCUGCAUAACUCAAGAGUUGUUCUACGACAAUUUACCAGUGCUCAAGCUCAGCGUAGAGGGAAGCGGGCAAUUGAGGUAUUAAAGAAGUUGGCUCGUCGCAAACUCAUGUAUUACUCCUAUUCAAUGCAAGUUUAUGGAUAUGUUGAUCCAUCUACAAUGGUUGAUCAAGGCUCAUUUACCCUAGUUCAUGGGUAUCAUGGCAGUUUUUCUUUAAGACAUUGGCUUCAACAAUCGGAUUGGCUUCCAACAUUGGAAGCUACUCUAGCUUUGGAUGAGGAAUCUGUUAGGAGAGUGGGGGAUGACACAGUUGGAGGACCUGCUGUUUCUCGACAGUUGCGAAUUAUUCGAAUCCUUAUGAGAGAUCUCUUGAUUGGAGUGAAUUACUUACACAGCCAUGGACUAGCCCAUACAGAACUGAGGCUUGAGAACGUGCACAUUAGCCCUGUGGAUAGACAUAUUAAAGUAGGUAUAUUGGGAAACGCUGCUGAUUUUUAUGAUACCAAUCUACACAACAGCACAGUGGACAGCUGUAUGGAUAGGCGGCAAAUGAUGAUUGCUUUUGACAUGAGGUGUGUGGGAUUUAUGAUGGUAAAAAUGGUGUUGCGGGAGCUCAUGCAACCAUUGAUAUUCACUAAAUUCAAAUCAUUCCUCACAAAGGGAAAUGAUCCAUCCUGCUUGCGUGAGUUUCUACUGUCAAUACUUUGUAGAAACUCCUCUUCUGGAAAUGCUGGACUACAAAUGCUUGACAGGAACUGGGGUGCAGGAUGGAACCUACUUUCCUUACUGCUUGCAACCAAGCCUUCUGAGAGAAUAAGAUGUCUAGAUGCUUUGAGACACCCAUUUUUGUGUGGACCGAGAUGGCGGAUAGAUCCAUCCAUGGACAUCAUUAGAUGGGGUCUGGGUUCAACUGCAGUUAGGAUUACAGAGGAAUACAUUUACGGCCAUCAGCAGCGUAAUAGGCUUGCACACUUCAUCGAACUAAUGGAGAUGUUGAAUUCACACUCAAAGCCAAAGAAUUGGCUAGCAUUGCUGCCAGGCAAAUGGCGGCUGUUGUAUAGCACUGGAAGGCACAUAGGGUUGACCAUCCGACAGCCUCCUGCCCGGGUCCUCAUUGGGGAUGUGCAUCUAAUCGUAAGAAGGCCAACAAAGUCGAAUGUAAAAGCAACCUUUUCUUUCACCUCCGACAUUAAUUUUGCAGUGUUGGUGGGCAAAGACUGGCCGCACGACAAGGCUGGUGUAAAAGGAAAACUGGGAAUAAACUCUUCUUUCAGGCUAGCAGGCGGUAAAAGGCUAUAUCUCAAGGAGCAAAAGGACAUGACAAAUUUCCUUCCCUCGCACUCCAACUCCCAAGAUUCUGCAGUCAGGAAACUAUCUGGUAGAAGAUGGAGGAAAGCACUUCCAUUCAAGGAGUUCCCCUCAAGCCUUCCCGUGGCCACACUUGCCUCUAGCGAAGUUGAGUUCACAAUGAGUCUUGAUGAACCGUUAGGGAAAGAUAUUGAUGCUGCCAAAAACGUAGUCAAUGAGGUGAGGACGCAAGUUCCACCUGAAAUGUUUGAUCUCUCAAAAGUUGUAUGUGGAACAUAUGUGGACUCUAGGCUUCUGGUCCUCAGAGGGGUGAGCGGUUCAGCACUCUUGUUUACUAGGUCGUGUGAGAAUGAAACCUGUAUAUCCAGUUCAUUUUAA